AUGCCGCAGGAAGAGGCCCUUCUGCCUCCUCGUGCCUCAUCCGAUGCCACCUCUUCGAUUCAGAACGGAGAGGAAGAGGAGUACGCUCUGCUGACAGGCAACCGAACAGCCCGUCGGCUUGAAAAAAGGAGCUGGGCUACCUGGCGAGAGAUUGGAAUCUUUGCCUGGGCCCUGAUUGCGACGAUUGUGGUGGUCGUGCUGGCCGUGCUGUUCCCUCACAAGAAAGCAGAACCUCACAACCAUUGGUCGUCAAACACGACCUGGGGCCCCGGGGGCAAGCCGACAGGCAAGCGCAACCUGAUUUUCAUGGUUUCCGACGGCAUGGGACCGACCAGUCUUUCUCUGACUCGAAGCUUCCGGCAAUACACGGAGGAGUUGCCGUUCGAAGACAUCUUGGUUUUGGACAAGCAUCACAUUGGAACAUCACGGACACGAUCGACCUCUAGCUUGGUGACGGACUCUGCGGCUGGAGCGACGGCUUUCUCGUGCGGUCGGAAGAGCUAUAACUCUGCUAUCUCGGUGCUUCCGGAUCACUCGCCUUGUGGGACUGUGCUUGAGGCGGCUGCUUUGGCGGGAUACAAGACUGGGCUGGUUGUUACGACUCGUCUGACAGAUGCGACGCCGGCGUGCUUCGCUGCACAUGCCAAUUUGCGAAACUAUGAAGAUCUGAUUGCUGCACAGGAAAUUGGAGAACAUCCUCUUGGUCGCGUGGUGGAUCUGUUGCUUGGUGGUGGACGGUGCCAUUUCUUGCCCAAGUCACAGGAGGGAAGUUGCCGCGGAGACAACCAGAACUUGGUCGAGGUUGCUGCUAAGAAUGGCUUUGGGUAUAUCGACGACCGUGCGGGCUUUGAUGGUCUCAUGGGAGGCGAUAAUGUCACUCUCCCGCUGCUCGGCCUCCUCGCUAGCAAAGACAUCCCAUAUGAGAUUGAUCGCCGUUCUCAGAACGAGACUUAUCCUUCUCUGGAGGAGAUGACUCGCACUGCCUUGAGAGCUUUGAGCCUGGCCACCAAAGACAGUGAGCAGGGUUUCUUCGUCAUGAUCGAGGGUUCUCGCAUCGACCAUGCUGGCCACAGCAAUGAUCCUGCCGCUCAGGUGCACGAGGUGCUCGCCUACGACAGAGCCUUCGCUGCUGCGCUCGAAUUCUUGGAGAAUGACUCAACUCCCGGUGUCAUUGUCAGCACGUCCGAUCACGAGACCGGUGGUCUUGCUGCAGCACGACAGCUCCACAAGACCUACCCUGAGUAUUUGUGGCUUCCGGAGGUCUUGAACAGGGCAAACCACUCUGGCGAACACCUUGGCGUCCUGCUGAAGGAGUAUCUUGCCGGGUCUGGCAAGGACGACAAGGAUUCAGCCAGAAAGUCUUGGGUCCGGGAGAACUUGAUCAAGAACGGGCUCGGCAUCAACGACGCUACAGACGAUGAAGUAGACGCCUUGCUACACCCCGACAAACUAGUCGCCCCUGAGCAUGUAUUCACGGAUAUGAUCAGUCGUCGCGCUCAGGUCGGCUGGAGUACUCACGGCCAUUCGGCUGUCGAUGUCAACAUCUAUGCAUCCUCUUCCAAGGACGCUUGGCCAUUGGCUGGUAACCACGAGAACACCGACGUCGGAGACUUCCUCGCAGACUACCUUGAUCUCAACGUUGACAAUGUCACCAAGUUGCUACAAGAUACCAAGUCGGGAGUUCUACAGUCAUACGACUGGACGGGUGAUCGUCUGGGCUUGACAUUCCAUCUCGAUGGUCUGGACACCUACCACGGAGACUUCAGGAAGCGAUCUGAGGGUGAUUGCGGUUGUGGUGUUGCCCACUGA